ACGUUUGCUUGCAGCCGCUACGGCUAUGUACUUGUUAAGGUACCCUCGCCCGUCCGCUCUCCACACUUUGCCUUUCUUCAACGACACUUCUUACUUUCCCGACAACAACGAAAACCCUUUCAACCCACUACCGGAGAAAGAAGCACACAAUCCUGGAAAUCAUUGAACAAUGGAGAUGGUAUAGAACACGCUGCCCAUGUUCCCGCAAAUCUUUUCCCUGGUUUUUUCUUCUUUCUCCCCUUCAUCCCCGACCACCACCGACGACGACGACGACGACAUCAAAAUGGACGCAACCCCUUCCUCCUCAGCCAUGGACGUCGACGCGCAUCAACAGCCCUCGUCUCCCUCAGAUUCGACUCUUUCUUCACCUCUUUCCGUACUGUCAAAAUCACCCUCAAUACCCUCAUCGCCAGAAGUCGCUCUCGACGCGUCAAAACGAUACCCGUCGCCCACCUCCUCAAUGCCUUCAGGCGCUCAGUCACCAAUCAAGCUCGAGGCGGCCGACGACUCCGUACCCGCCAUCAAGCUUGACAACGCUGCCGACUCCAUCAACGUCAACGCCAGCGAAGCUACUGAUGGCCAGCCUCCCCGAAAGCGGCGCAAAGUCACGCCUCCCAAGGAGCGCACCACAGAGUACCUGAAUCUGGACGAAUGCAAAGAAGACGACAGAAACUUGGCGCGUCUAGUGUCCGCUCUCAAGAAACGGAAGAAGAUUGUCGUCAUCGCAGGCGCUGGAAUUUCUGUUUCGGCCGGCAUCCCCGACUUCCGAUCCAAGACUGGACUCUUUGCGACACUGCCAAAUGAGCACAAGGUCAAAGGCUCAGGCAAGCACCUGUUCGACGCCUCGGUCUACAAGCAUGACUCCUCUACCGAAAAAUUCCACAAGAUGAUUUGUGACCUGGCCACAAUGGUCAAGGCCGCCAAGCCCACUGACUUCCACCACCUGUUAGCGUCGCUCGCCGCCGAAAACCGUCUCCUCCGCCUCUACAGCCAGAACGUCGACUGUAUUGACACAAAUAUGGAGCCCUUGAAGACGAAUGUCCCUCUCAACGUCAAGGGUCCUUGGCCCAAAACUAUCCAGUUGCACGGAAGCGUUGACCACAUGGUCUGCUCAAAAUGCAGUGACAUCAAGGCUAUAGAAACAGAGCUUUUCGUGGGUCACGAGGCUCCACUGUGCAAAACCUGCGAGGACCUCGACAUGGUCCGCACGCAGUAUGGCCAGAGACGAAGUCACGGUAUCGGCCGCCUGCGUCCCAGGAUGGUGCUUUACAACGAGUUCAAUCCGGACGAAGAAGCCAUUGGUAAAGUGUCGAGUGUGGACCUGAAGUCGCGUCCUGACGCGGUCAUUGUUGUUGGCACCAGUCUCAAAAUUCCAGGCGUGCGGAGGCUCGUGAAGGAGCUGUGUCAGGUCACGCGUAGUCGCAGAGACGGAUUUACUGCAUGGAUCAACACAGACUCGGAACCACAACACAACGACUUCAAAGACUGCUGGGACCUUGUCGUCCGCGGCAAGUGCGAUGACGUGGCUCAUUGGGCUGCACUGCCCCGUUUUGAUGUGCCUCACAGCGACCAAACGGCCUACCUCAGCGAGGGAGAGGAGCAGAGGCGCCAGGACAGACUUAGCAGAGAUAAUCUCGAGGUGCAGCUCAUUUCGCCUACGCCUGAUUCACCGACUAAGUCUACUUCGAGCACUGCUUCGGAUUCGAAGAAGCGGAAGCUCGUCGACCCGGUUCAGAGCAUCCCAACACCCACAGCCAGCCCGAAGAUUAAGGCUGUCGAGGCUGCGAAGAAGGGUAUCAAGGCAAAGCAAAGCAAGCUUUCCUUUGGUGGCCAGCAAGCUGCUACUCCCGGAAGUGACGCAGCAGCCAAGAAAAUCAAGAAGCCGUCCGCGAAGAAGCCCCGGAAGGACAAUAAGAAGGCCACGAUGCCUCCCAAGAACAGCGUUACACAGACGUUCAAGACGCAGAAGAACCGCGAACUCGCCGAUAUGCCCCAAGAAACCUUGGCUGGCAAAUUGGACAACCAGCAUUACCUGAAAUAUGUUGAAGACAAGCUUCAGUCUCAGCUUCCACCAUUGCGACCGGCUCAGAAGCCUAUACAGAGUUUCGUCUAUAAGCGUGCCGAGAACACCGACGACGAGGGACAGAAGGAGGAUGUUUCAUCACCCGCACAACCUUUCGAAAAGAUGUCAAGGCCGUCACUUUCGGAACGGCCAAAGUCCUCACCAAACUCCGGAGACAGCAGCGACGUACGCCCAAUGACGCCUAUGCAUAUCCGACGCAAGUCGGCCGACACGAUAUCCCCUGAGUCGAUCCCCCGAGGCAUGGAAGCCUUGAUGGACUGAGGAUAACCAUGGAAGCGUUUGUCGAUUACAUGAUCACUCGGCAUCGACGCAUUUUGUUAUUUAUAUUCAUAGAAGAUGUCGCCCUGAAGGCACCGAAGAGUUCGGGCCAGACAGGUGACAGUCCACGGAGAUUUGUCUUAUCACAAACGGAGUUGGCAUGGAAUACGUCUCGCAUCACUCAUCCUGUACAUACACAGUAUCGGCCCAUUUGUAUAAAGCAGCGGCUACAGAGCCCAAAGGCUCUUUUACGCAAGCCGGCGAUGUGGGCUCCACAAGCGAGGGCUUCAUUUGGGCGGGCAGACGCCGAGAAAAGUCUGCACUCGACAUGGACGAGAUGAAUAGUGAGAUAGAGGCGGCCCCAAGUCCGCCAUGGGACGAACAUGAUCGUUAAUAUACCACUUUGCGCACGCGA